AUUUCUUUCUGUGAUUCUGGAACAUUUGGUUCCCUGACCGGGAGCUGGGAAAGAAGUGGCCCUUUUGGGCAUCAGCCCAAACUCCACCCAAGUAAGCAGCUCUCCACCUCCUCAAGGGGAAUGGUGCACUCCUGCCACUAAUUUCCAGGUUCCCCAACAGGACACAGAGACCCGCCCACCAGUGGCAGAUAGCCCGAACCUGAGACAGAAGACAGCAGAAGGAGGGCUGCUGCUGUUGGUGUCUCAUCUAUCACUUUCCUUUUCUGGCAACUACCAAAAACUCCAGCAAAAGAUACAACUGGAACCCUAUCAUCUCUCUCAGAGUGUUCAUCAUCAUGUCAGAUGAGUAUCUGUGGUUCAAAGGGACACCUUUCCCUUCUGCCUAUAUUAAAAGUGAAACAAUACAGAAAGUACAUGACAAGAUCGUGUUUAAAGAUGAAGAUGUAUUAGCAGUUACUUACCCCAAAUCAGGAAGCACCUGGGUGGCUGUGAUUCUUGCCCUGAUUAAUUCCAAGGGCGACCCCAAGUGGAUCCAAACUGUGCCCAUCUUGGAGCAAUCACCUCUCAUAGAGUCAGAACCAGGAUAUGAAUUAAUAAAUGGAAAGGAGAGACCUCAGGUCAUCCGUUCUCACCUACCCUUCCACCUAAGUCCAAAGUCUCUCUUCAGUUCAAAGGUCAAGGUGAUUUAUGUCAUCAGAAAUCCCAGAGAUGUUCUUGUGUCUGGUUUUUAUUUCUGGAAUGCAAUUAAAGGUGCUAAAACAGCAAAGUCACUGGAACAAUAUUUUGAAUGGUUCAUCCAAGGAUAUGUGCCUUGGGGAUCAUGGUUUGAGCAUGUUCGUGGCUGGAUGUCCAUGAGAGAGAGAGAAAACUUCUUUGUAUUGAGUUAUGAAGAGCUCCAAAAGGACAUAAGAGGCACUACACAGAAAAUCUGUCAAUUCCUGGGGAAGAGUUUAGAACCAGAAGCUCUGGAUUUAGUUGCCAAGUAUAGCUCCUUCCAAAGCAUGAAAGAAAACAAGAUGUCCAAUUUUUCCAUGUUGCAUCAUGUUAUUCUGGAUCCAGACUUCUUAUUGACAAGAAAAGGCAUCUCUGGGGACUGGAAGAAUCACUUUACUGUAGCCCAGGCUGAAGCCUUUGAUAAAGUAUACCAGGAGAAGAUGUUGGGUUUCCCGUCAGGGCUGUUUCCAUGGGAAUAAUAUCCCAAAGUUUUGGAUAUUAAAUGAAUAUAGAUAUUUGUCCUCCUUUACAUGUGCAUAAAUUGGGGCAAGGUUCAUGGCAUAAACCUAUUAUUCUUUCCCUGAGAUUUAAAUGAUCAAAAUUUAAAAUCUUUUUUCACUUGAUUGUUUAAAAUAACCUGAAUACCCCUAUUCUGUUAGUGGAGUCACAGCUUUUAAUAAUUGUUUGUAAUAUUUCACGUACAUAGGUACAGAGAUAAUAUUACUAAAAUUGUAUCCAUGUUUUAAAGCAAGAAACAGAAUUCUAGAAGCAAUUAAUGCUGUUUUUCUUCAUAUCACAUGUAUCUUUUGAAUAUAUUAUUAUACUAACUUUUAAUAGUAUAGUUUCUAAUGUAUUUUCAGUAUUUUAUUCUGUGGUGUUUGAACAUAAGCAACAAUCUGUGGUAUCUAUGAAGGUCUUUGAAACUAAUAAAAAUGGCACAUAGCACAAUGCUUUCACCUUCU